AUGAGAAUAUGCGCAGGAAACUGGAAAAUGAACGGAACUUUGGAGACUGUCCACGAGCUCUCCAAGGAGAUGAACCGGAAGAAGGCGGAGCUUGCAGGGACUGAGAUUAUAGUGGCUCCCCCGUAUACCCUUCUCAUGGAGGCCAGGCGAUACUUUGACCCUGUUUUUAAGGUGGGCGCCCAGGGGAUUUGCCCAUACGCAGUCUCUGGGGCGUAUACGGGCGGUGUUGGGGCUGUGCAAGUGAAGGACCUGCACGUGGAGAGUGUUAUAAUAGGGCACUCUGAGAGGGGAAAGUACUUCAAAGAGACGGAGGAAGAGGUGCACGCCCAGCUCAAAAUGGCGAUGGAGAGCGAGCUAGAGAUAAUUCUGUGCGUGGGCGAGACGGAGGAGGAGAGAAGCGCAGGGAAGACGGAAGAAGUCGUCCAGAAGAGGCUUUGCCUCCUUAAGGAGGUUCUGACGGGAAUUACUCCGCAGGUGAUAAUAGCGUACGAGCCUGUGUGGGCGAUAGGCACGGGAGUAGUCCCCGCAGUGGAGGAGAUACAGCCUAUUGUCAGCCUAAUCCACGCGGAAAUGGGCAGCUCCAUAAAGGGAGUGCUAUACGGGGGGUCUGUGGGCAAGGAAAAUGCUGCGUCUUUGAUGCAGAUAAAGAAUCUCUCUGGGUUUUUAGUGGGGAAUGCCUCGCUAACGAGCGAGUUUGUGGAAAUAUGCGGCAUCUGCAAUAGCUCGAGGAGCGAGUAG